AAGGGCAAAAAAGAACAGCCUUAAUCCCAACCGCCUUACAUCCUUAGAUUGUUUUACAUAAAAGGCUACCCAUUUAAACAAAAAUUAUAUAGACAUAUAAUAUAAAAAAUCAAUCUCUUGUUCCUUCUCUCUCACUACUGUUAGGGUAUCGUUCUUAGCGAUUCGACAUGGCAACAGCAUCAGUUGCGUUUAAGUCUAGGGAGGACCAUAGGAAGCAAAUUGAAUUGGAAGAAGCUCGAAAAGCAGGGCUUGCACCUGCUGAAGUUGAUGAAGAUGGAAAGGAGAUUAAUCCUCAUAUUCCUCAGUACAUGUCCUCUGCUCCUUGGUAUCUUAAUGCUGAGAAGCCUAGUUUGAAACAUCAACGCAAGUGGAAAGCAGACCCAGAGUAUACAAGAGACUGGUAUCGUAGAGGGGUUUUUCUAGAGAAAGCUGAGAAAUACAGGAAGGGUGCAUGCCAAAAUUGUGGUGCUAUGACUCAUGAUGCUAAGUCAUGCAUGGAAAGACCCAGGAGAGUUGGGGCAAAGUGGACUAAUAAACACAUUGCUCCUGAUGAAAAUAUUGAAUCUUUUGAGCUCGACUAUGAUGGUAAGCGUGACCGCUGGAAUGGGUAUGAUACAUCAAAUUAUGCUCAUGUCGUGGAGAGAUAUGAAGCACAGGGAGCAGCUCGAAGGAAGUAUCUCAAGGAACAACAGCUUAAGAAAUUAGAAGAGAAAAACAGUAGCCAAAAUGCUGAGGAGGGAGCUAGUGAUGAGGACAAUGAUGAAGAUGAUUUAAGGGUAGAUGAAGCUAAGGUUGAUGAGAGCAAACAAAUGGAUUUUGCAAAGGUAGAAAAGCGUGUUCGAACAACUGGUGGUGGGAGCACAGGAACUGUUAGAAAUCUGCGUAUUCGGGAGGAUACAGCAAAAUAUCUUUUAAAUCUUGAUGUCAACUCUGCCCAUUAUGACCCCAAAACCCGGUCAAUGCGUGAGGAUCCCCUUCCAGAUGCAGAUCCAAAUGAGAAAUUCUAUGGGGGAGAUAAUCAAUAUAGGAAUAGCGGUCAAGCUUUGGAAUUCAAGCAGCUGAACAUCCAUUCUUGGGAGGCAUUUGAUAAGGGUCAAGAUAUUCACAUGCAAGCAGCUCCAUCCCAAGCCGAGUUGCUAUAUAAGAAUUAUAAGGUUAUAAAGGAGAAAUUGAAGACGCGAACAAAGGACACAAUUAUGGAGAAGUAUGGCAAUGCUGCUAGUGAAGAAGAAAUUCCAAGAGAACUUUUGCUGGGACAAAGUGAAAGACAAGUUGAAUAUGAUCGCGCUGGACGGAUCAUAAAGGGACAGGAGAUUGUUCUUCCCAAAAGUAAGUAUGAAGAAGAUGUUUACAUUAACAACCACACAACUGUGUGGGGUUCGUGGUGGAAGGAUCAUCAAUGGGGUUACAAGUGCUGCAAACAGACGGUUAGAAACAGCUAUUGCACAGGUGCUGCUGGAAUUAAGGCUGCCGAGGCUGCAACAGAUCUCAUGAGGGCUAAUAUUGCUCGCAAAGAGGUCAAAGAAGAUAUGCCAGAACCGGUGGAGGAGAAACGGGUUGCUACAUGGGGAACUGAGGUUCCAGAUGAUUUGGUUUUGGAUGAGAAGUUACUUGCUGAAGCACUUAAAAAGGAGAAAGAGAGAAAGAAAGAAGAGAGAGAUGAAAGGAAGCGCAAGUACAAUGUUACAUGGAAUGAUGAGGUUACCCCUGAGGACAUGGAAGCAUACAGGAUGACGAAAGUACAUCAUGAUGACCCAAUGAAGAAUUUCCUCCACUAAGUACAGAUGUGAUGUUGAUUAUGGUGGAUGGUUAGAGGCUUGUAUUAAUGGGGCAGCUAUUACGCAGUAGUGCUGUCAGCUGACUGUCUACUAGUUCCAGUUAUCCUGCAACUUUUUAAGUCUUAAGAGAAUGAGCUAGUUUGGCACAUGGAAUCAAAAGCAUGUGGCAGAAAGCAAAUGCCAAACUAGCCCAAUGUCUAGGCACCCAAAGCUAUCCGAUUCUUGUAAAAAUAUGCACGGCAACUCCAUGGUCUGUAGGGGAGUGAAUUCUAUAAGCCAACUUCCACCUGUGUUUAUUGUUUAAGCUUAAAUUGAGUUUUGUGUUACUGCACCAAAGUUAAUCCUUGAUGUAUAUUGUCGAUUCUGUUUUCUAGAA